AAAUGAACAAAUCUCUUCUGAUUGUAAACAACUGUUUUGUUUAUUGGUGCCUUUUCGAAUUAAGAUCACCGAAAUUAAUUGAAUUCCGGUGUGGAGUCGAUCUUUCGGCCGAAAUGUCUUAAAAAUGUUAACAACAAAUGUUUACACGACGGUUAAAAUGUAUUGUUGAUAUAUUGUGGUUUUUUUGUUUAUACGAAUGGAGUUAAUUUUAACCUUAUUGUUUUUCUAUUAAAUUCGGGAAUGUACUUUUGACAAAUAAGAAAACCAAGGAAUUUCUUCACCUCGGCGGAAGGAGCGGUCGUCGAGAUGAGUAGAAUUCGGUUGCAAUGUUUAUAUACAACAUAUAAUUCGAAGGUUUCAUGCAUGGAACGGUGGCUGAUUCGAACGUGCUACUGAAGGGUUGUUUGAUUUCCGACAUCCCCAGAAGUUGAGUUAGACAUGCCACUUAAGAACCCUGUUGCUAUGCAUGGGUUAGAAGAGACCGAAGCUGUUACUUGUCCUUCAGAAGAAAUGAAUGGAGAUAAAUCGAAUGGAGGUGAAUCGACUGACAAAAAGUCCGAGCCUUCGGACACAGAUCCAAUUUACAACAAUGACGGUGACGGGGAAGUAGAAAGUGAGACAAACAUGCGUUCGACACGAUACGGGUCAAGACAGCACAGCGAGGAUGAAGAAGAUCUCGAAUAUAAUCUGGAAGAGGAAGAUAGGAAGAAGACAAUAAUGGUUGGUAGUGACUAUCAAGCCUGGAUACCAGAUGUUAUGUGCAAAUAUGAUGAUGUAUUGCCUUAUGAAAAUGAAGAUAAGUUGGUCUGGGACCCAAGUGCCUUGAUACAGAAAGAUAUUGAAGCGUACUUAAUUAAAGCGCAAGAGCCAAAAAAUAACAACCAGGGAAUUUAUGCCAUUCCGACAGGGAAACAUCCCAGGGAUGAUGAACAGGCCCUUUUCCUUCUUUUGCAAUGCGGGCACAAUGUGGAAGAAGCUUUGAGGCGGAGAAGAAUAAAUACCGCUCCUCCAAACGACUCCAUGAGCAUUUGGUCAGAGGAAGAAUGCAGGCAGUUCGAAAUUGGUCUGAGGAGUUUCGGCAAAGAUUUCCGACAGAUACAACAGAAUAAAGUCAAGACGCGUUCAGUAGGAGAGCUCGUCCAGUUUUACUACCUAUGGAAGAAAACGGAGAGACAUGACAUUUUCGCAAACAAAGCGAGACUUGAAAAGAAAAAAUACACCCUUCACCCCGGCAUCACGGAUUACAUGGACAGGUUCAUGGAAGACCAAGAAGGCUCCACAGGACGAGAUAGGAGUACUUCUCCGAACAUACAUUGCCUGCUCUAUGGGGACCCAAAAUGGCAGAGAUCUCAUAACGGACAAAGUGAACCUGUGGACACCUUACCGACAAAAAUUAAAAUCGAGGAACCAGUGCCUACUAUCAAAACAGAAGAGGACAGCAAAGAAAGUAUUAAUCAUAAAGAAUGUGAAGGCUAACAGUCUUAAAUACAAGAAAGAACAUUCCUUCGCAAUUUGGAAGUUAUUUUUUGAGUAGUCGCUGUUGUUAAAGAUUUUACUUUAACAUUUUAAACAAUAGUCAGGAGACGAUCAUAAAAUUUAUGAACUUUGUAUAUUUUCAAAUGUUCUGCGUCACACAAAUCAUAUGUGGUAGCUGCAUGAAACAAAACAUAUUUAUAUGUUCUGUGUAAUUUUGAACUAAUUAAUUUGAAUUAAUGUUUUUCAAGAGAGAA